AUGGGGAAGUUUAAAAUGAAAGUGGCGCUUUUUUGGAUUUUCUUUCUGCAUUUACCAAGUGUUUUAUGUUUUAGUGAGUUGUCAUUCAUCACUGAGCCCAGUGAUGUGACAGUUCUACCAAAGGACCCUGCUCUCUUGGACUGCCAAGCACAUGGGCAGCCUCCAGUCACAAUCAAGUGGCUGAAAAAUGGAGUUGCACUGGCAGAAAGUGAGCACAUUCAGCUUUUACCAAAUGGCUCUUUGUAUAUACCAAAGAUAAAGCAUACCAAAGAGAAGUCAGAUGAAGGAUUCUACCAGUGCCUCUCCAAGAACAAAUUUGGAGCCAUACUUAGCCAAAGAUCACGCCUUACUAUUGCAAGUAUUUCCGAAUUUCUUUUGCACCCAUUGCCUAUGGAGGUGACUACGGGUUCCGUGGCUCGCUUCUCUUGUGCGGUCACCGCCAGACCUCCUGCCACCAUCACCUGGGAGUUUAACCAAAGUACACUGCCGCUACAAACAGACAGAAUCACAGUUUUGCCCAAUGGAGUCCUUCAGAUUCACAAUGUGCAACUAAAGGAUGCCGGACAGUAUCGAUGUGUUGCGACCAACAUUGGAAGUCGACAGAAGAGUCGAGAGGCAAAGCUGACAGUCAGUCAAGGUGUGGCUGCUAAAACCCAUCAGAGGCCCAGAAUUAUAGCCGGACCCCAGAACAUGACAGUUUCUCUCCACCAAACUGUGGUGCUUGAGUGCUUAGCCACUGGAAACCCCAGCCCGAUUAUCUCAUGGAGCCGUGCCGAUAGUAAACCCAUUGAUAUAUAUAAAGCCAAAGUGUUGGGGAAUGGGAACCUGGUUAUUACAAACGUCAAUUCCAAACAUAGUGGAGUCUACCUCUGCAGAGCCACCACCCCCGGAACUCGCAAUUACACCAUAGCUUCUGCCAACCUCACCGUCCAAGUCCCGCCAUCUAUUGUUGAGAAGCCUGAGAGCCAGACCCGUCCUAGAGCUGGCACUGCUCGGUUUAUGUGCCAAGCUGAAGGAGUCCCCCCACCCCGCGUUAGCUGGCUAAAGAACGGUGAAGAUGUUCAUCUAAAUGGACGAAUUAAGAUGUACAACAGUAAAUUGGUGAUUACCCAGAUUAUCCCAGAGGAUGAUGCCAUUUAUCAGUGUAUAGCAGAGAGCGAACAGGGCUCUGUGCUAUCUUUGGCUCGCCUUAUUGUUGUUAUGUCAGAAGACAGGCCUAGCGCUCCGAGGAACAUCCACGCAGAAACCAUCUCGAGCUCGGCUAUUUUGCUGGCGUGGGAGAGACCGCUGUAUAAUGCGGACAGAGUCAUUGCAUACUCCAUCCAUUACAUGAAGGCCGAAGGUCUGAACAACGAGGAAUACCAAGUUGUCAUUGGUAACGAUACAACUAGUUACAUUAUCGAUGACCUUGAGCCGGCUCGGAAUUACAGCUUCUACAUCGUGGCCUACAUGCCAAUGGGAGCCAGUCGUAUGUCCGAUCAAGUCAGUCAACAUACCCUGGAGGAUGUGCCUCUACGUACACCAGAGCUGCGUUUGAUAAGCCACAACUCAACAGACAUCCAGGUGAGCUGGCAGCAGCUUCCCUCAAAAGUGAGCCGUGGUAGGGUGUCUGCGUACAGGCUGUCCUAUCGCACGGCUGCAGACAAUACAGUCAUAUCUGUGGAGCUGCCACAGAACAGCACUGAAUAUCUCCUGGAGGGCCUCCAUCCGGACACGAUCUACCUUCUCCGAAUGGCCGCAGCAACCCGCAUGGGCUGGUGCGAACCAUCAGCAUGGACCUCUCACCGAACACCCAAGACAUCCAGUCGCAAAGUGCCCUCAGCUCCUAUUCUACAACUUGAGCCACUGAACUGCACCUCAAUUGUGGCGCGUUGGCAAAUCGCCCCAGAGACAGAGGCAAUCCUCGGUUAUCGCCUGCGUUACCAUGAGGACAGCCAAUCAGAACAGCCAGUCAUCCAGCUGCAGGCUCUAACCUACACUUACACCAUCAGCGGCCUCGAUCCUAGGAGAAGAUAUCGUAUCAAGAUGCUGGCUUAUAGUCAAUCUGGAGAUGGCUAUGAGACAGACCAGUCCAUCAGUACUCCAGGAUGUGUCUCUGCAAGGGACCAAAUGGCAGCCACCCCUCCGUCUCCUGAUCAUGUGACAGUCUUGGCCAGCAAUUCCUCUGAAGUGUCCUUACGUUGGAACCAUCCCACUUUCCCCACUGGGAAGGCCGUCAGCUACACUGUCCGCUACACGAUAGCGGGCAUGCACAAUGCUUCUGCUCUACGCUACCUACAGACAACCAAAGAGAAUGUGACUGUGCAAAAUUUGGAUCCAAACACUCGCUAUGAGUUUGUGGUACGUCUUCAUGUGGAUCAGAUGUCGAGCCCUUGGAGCCAUGUCGUUUACCAUCUCACACAGCCAGCAGCUCCCAGACGACCGCCUACUGGAGUGAGAUUAACUCUGAUCGAGGACGACACGGCAUUAGUGUCCUGGAAGGAACCCACUGAGCCCAAUUUGGUGGUGACACACUACACUAUACUUUAUGCUUCCCAAACAUCCUGGAUGGCUGGACGCUGGCAAAUAAUUCAAAGAGAGGGAAGCCAUACAAUGGCUCUUUUGGAGAAGCUAGAACCAGGGAACGUCUAUCUGGUGAAGAUCUCAGCCUCCAACCAAGUGGGAGAUGGGCCAUUCUCAGAUGUCGUCGAGCUGGCUAUGAACCGUGGGAAUGUCCGUCGGAACAAAAAUGCCUGGCACUCGGAUAGCUUUCAGCACACUGCAGUCUUUUCUGAUGGGCUGUACCACAUAGACCAGAGAUCCAUGACUGGAAUCAUUGCUGGCGUGAGCAUCGCCCUGGCCUGUAUUGUAAUUUGCGCGUUGAUCCUUAUCAGUAAAGGAAGACCAAGAAAAUCGUCCAGCCACAAAGUGGUUGCUGUGCCGGCUGGUGAAGCGUUGUCUUUGCCUCACGGGUGCCAUGUAGCGAACUCUGAGGCCCUCAUACCAAUGAUGAGUACCAACUUCAUUGACAACAAAGGUGGAUCAAAUAUGCGAAUAAAUAGUACUGGACCACUCAUGAGCAAAAAUCACAGCAACAGGUGGCUGCUCUUCAACAGAGAUGCCAGCGCUCCAACUCAGAUUGAUGUUGAAGGAAUGGCCUGUUUGUACGAGGCUGGCAAAACUGUUCUUCGGUAUGAGGAGAAUUUAAGCACUGCUCCUUUUCCUCCGUCGUCACGGGAGAUCAUUUUUGGACCCUUUCACACUGAGAGCUCUCAAAGCAGUGAGGGCAGCCAAGAGACGGGAGACUCCGGACACUACUCCAAUGAGGAGAGCAAUGAAGAGAUGAGACAUGACUCCAUCUGCCCGCCGGAUGACACGACCACAGCUGAGCCAAAGCCGUCUUUCCGAAUGGAAAACGAGAAACACAUUUGUUACCAUCUCUCGGCGCACGACGAUGCCCGGCCCCGCUGCGCCUCGGACGGCAGCUAG